AUGUCAGCUCAGACCCAAGAUGAAGGCAAGGACUACAAGGAGCUGCCACCGGCGCCGCGGUUCGAGCCAGGUGAGCUGACGUCAUGGUCGUUUUACAGAGCUGGGGUCGCGCCACCUUCCUUUUUCCUGUACAUCACCAUUUUGACGGUGAAGGGCUUCGAGAAGAGCUGCAACUUCGAGUUGCUUGGUGGCGGGGCCAACUCUAUAGCCCAUGGCUACACCAAGGGAUCAGGGCUUGGUGCUGAGAUCGUCGGCACCUUUGUUCUUGUCUACACAGUUUUCUCGGCCACUGAUGCCAAGCGCAGCACCAGAGACUCCCACGUUCCGAUUUUGGCACCUUUGCUUAUUGGGUUCGCUGUGUUCUUGGCGCACUUGGCUACCAUUCCCAUCAUUGGAACUAGUAUCAACCCAGCUAGGAGUCUUGGUGCUGCCAUCAUCUACAACAAGAAGCAUGCAUGGGAUAACCACAAAGCACAGCAGCAGCAGCAGCAGCAGAUGCUUUUGGGGGACAGCAGCGGCCAGCUGCUACUAGAUUUUUUGCAGCGAGCUCUGAGGCUACUGCAAUAG